GCGCGCGACUUCCUGUCUACCUGUUUAUUAUGCUACAUACACGUCACGUGCUAUAUGUCAAGGCUGAAUAUAAUACAAUGGCGGCAGAAGAACUGGAGCAAAUCAAUGUCAUCGGAAAGUUGUCAAACCAAGUGGUCCAGGAAUAUGAAGCUCUACAGCGGGAACACGGUCUCACAACCAUGGAGUGUCAGCGUAUACAGGAGGAGAGGGACGAGGCCAUCCAGAAGCUCAAUGAGUUCCAGCAAGUCUCCCACAUGGUCAUUGAAGAGGUGAAUGCCAUUCAAGAGGAUUUGGAGAUCGAGAGGAAUUGUCGUCAGAGCGUUGAAAUCCUGGCCACAAAGCUGAAGCGUCAGAACCGCUCCCUGAAGAGGAAGAGCAUGCUGCUGAUGGCUCAUCUGGGCCCCGACACCAUCACUGAGAUCCAGCUGGAGGAGGAAGAGGAGCAGGAGAAGGAGCAGAAGGAGGAGGAGGAUUUGCAAGGAGCCAAUCAGGAGUGUCUCCUGACCAAGUGCCAGACCACCAUCACAGAGCUGCGUGAAAAACUCUCUCAGGUGGUGCAGGAGAAGACGCGAGCUGUUGCCGAUGUAGAGGCCCUCCGAGACCAUCUUCGUGACACCAGAGACGAAUUGCUGAAAGAGAAACACGAUAACAGUGUUUUGAUCGCAGAGACCAUGCGGCAGAGAACCCUCCUGCAGAAAUACAACCGAGUGUCAGUGUUUGCAGCAGAGGAGUUUGAGGUGUUGCAGGAUGACCUGAGCUUGGAGAGAGACUUGCGGACAGAGGCGGAGAAGUUUGCCAGGGAGAUGCUGGUGGAGCAGAAGAAGCUGAGGAGACAGAGCCAGCUGCUGGUCCAAAGUGCCGCCCCUGGCCACGCCCUACAGGAAGCACUACGAGAGGUCGCCAAGCUCACCCAGGAAGUGGAGACCCAAAGGUUGGAGCACCUGCAGCAGAUGAAAGAGGCAGAGGAGCGAGUGCGGAGCGGCCAGGCUGAGAAGGAGCUGACGGCUCUGCGACGCAAACUUGACCUCCUGGAGGAGGGGAAGGAGGAGCAGGGGGGGAGGUGCACCCGGGCCGAGAGGGAGGUCAAGGACCUGCGCUCCACCGUCGAGGAGCUCCAGCAGAGGCUCCAGAUGGCUACCAAUCCCCCUACAUGCCACGCACCUCCUCCUCCACCUCCUCCCCCGCCUCCUCCACCACCACCACCACCACCACAGCCCACCAACCCUCUCAGCUCCCUGCUGUCUCUGAUCCGCAAGAAGAAGGGCGGCACAACGGACAUCCCUCUGGUCGUUCAGGACUCCACCGGGGAACCAGUGGUGGAUGUCAGGAGGCAGGCGGUGGAUGAGAUGAUGGACAGGAUCAAGAAGGGGAUCCUCCUGCGGCCCGUAGCCCGGAGCCCCAGCACCAGGACCAAACCCAGGGUGGAGAGACUGCCGUCUAACUCUGCCAUUCAGGAACUGAAAGGAAUCAUGGAAAAGGUCCAACGGACGGCUCCGCCACGGGCUGUGCCGCAGGCGACGGAGAUCGACAGGACCGGGGAGCUGGAGAAGAUUUUACUGAGAAGGCGGGGCGCUCUGGAAGCCACGCCCCUCUCUGACACGCCUCCUCCCAGCAGGGGGCUAGAUGCUAGGACGCCGUCGUCUUCGUCAAGGUCUAAGAAGACCAGGCCGAGGCCCUGCUAGGGCCGGUUGGUUGAUUCUGGUAAACAGCAGUGACUUUACAAUCUCCACCUCCUCCAUUUUGAUGUUCAUGAAAAACAUCAGUUUCUCUGCUGACCUUCUAUCACAUGACAAACUCUACGUAUUCCAUUGUGUUGUUCUGGAAUGACCAUGAGAUGAAGACUAAUGAAUAAUGAAUAAUGUGUCAAAUCUGUUGUUGAUGAAACAGCAAGAAAGAAUAGGCACACUUUAAACGUAGAUUUAGUUCAAAUGAAACUGUAUAGCAUAUUCACUAACAUGUGGUGGCGCUUAUGCAUUGCACUCUACUGACCUGGUACCUACUAAUUACAUCACUUCCUAUCUGGCCAGAGCAUCCAAAAUGUAUAAUGUUAUUAGAUCUUAAUCAACUGAUUCAUACAAAAGAGACCAGACGUCUGUAUCCUACUCCCAAUUCAUUCUGUGCCCCCUUGAAUAGUGUGUUUGCAUCAUUUCCUAUAGAUCCAAGUACUUUGGUACAUGUUGAUAAUAAAAAGAAAAUAAGUUCUUGGAAAAUC